AUGCGGGGGAAAAUAACGCACCGAGAAUUGUGCUGUGAAGUGGGCGAGAUAUACGAUGAAAUCGUUCACUUCCGAAGAAACAUUUUUAAAAUCCCGUUCGGUAGAGCAGGCAAAGAUUACAUAACUGAAUUAACUUACUGGCUCAAACAAUUUAACUCCAAUGCUGAGUUGAACUCAAUUGAAUUAAAAGUAUUUAUGAUACUUCCUUCGCUGAUUUUGCAGAAGCCGUCUGCAAAGUCUAAGAGUAAAGAGCAUAGUUCAGCUAUCGAUCGCAGAUUACUCCUAUGGAGACAAGGCGACGUAUCACUACUAAUGAAAGAAGUAAGAUUUAUUCAAAAGAAAUUUAAAUCCUCGAGGAAGGCUAGAUCUAUGGAAGAUGUGUCUAAAACCUUUGCAAAAUUGGUCAUGCAAGGAAAAAUCACGGCUGCUAUAAAGAUGUUAGAUAAAGAGAGUUCAUCCGGUUUAUGUAAUCUAUCGCCAGAAGUCAUUAAAGAGCUUAAACAGAAACACCCAACAGCUGCAGAG